CAAGCAGAAUUACACUCGGAUACACAGUAGCACACGAACACUGAAACAUUAUAUUAUUAAACUGUGUUUCAAGUUAAAAAAAAAAAAAAUUAUGUCGCUAAGUUUGGUCAUUUUUAUAAUGUUUAUAUCGAGCCAUUCGUUUGGCCUUCAGGUUAUUGAAACAGCUCCAUUGAACAAAACAGAGAUAAAGAGCGACCUUAUCGAGAUCUUAAGCAAAUCGAACUUGUCUACACCCGAGUUGCAGGUUGCUGAAGACAGAGAUCCGCAGGAAACGAUGUCAUUGAAUAGUAUUGAGAGUGCAAUUGACCUUGCCGAAAUCUCAAGCAAAUCGAAUUUAAGUGGACUUGAGGAUGCCCUCGUCGAUGAUCUGCAAGUUGCUGAAGCAAAACCCAUUAAACAGCAAUUAAGUACCAAAAAAAAGAAGACCGAGCGAAUGACGAUAAAUCACACAAAGCGCGCAGCGAUGACUACUUAACGCCAGGUCCAGUGUUCGGGAAUAAAG